GUCGGAAGCUCCACCAGCACCUCAGAGCUCUUGUCCUUGCAAUCCACCUCACCUCGCGCCUACGUGAGACUGUAAGGGGACCUGAAACUACAACUCCCAGGAGGCACCAGGGCAGCCCUCUAUGCAGCCAAGCCCUGAGGUGGGCCUGGAGCCCCCAGAGAGCAGUGCCCAGCAGGCAGCCCCCAGCACCCCUGCUCCUGCCUCCCAGAGCCCCCGAAGCAGAGCAGCCGCCAUGCACAUCCCCGAGAGCCUCCAGGAGCUGGCUGACAGCGAAGCCGUGCAGUUCCUGAAGAGGCCAAAGACGGUUGCCCGGAUCUUCACAGGGGUCUUCUCCCUCAUCGUCUUCUCCUCUCUGCUGACGGAUGGCUACCAGAACAAGACAGAGUCUCCACAGCUCCGCUGCGUCCUCAACAGCAACAGCACGGCCUGCAGCUUCGCUGUGGCAGCCAGCUUCCUGGCCUUCCUCACCUGCCUGGUCUUCCUUGCCCUGGAUGCCCACGAGGUCCGCAUCGCAGGCACUCGCUUCAAGACAGCCUUCCAGCUCUUGGACUUCAUCCUGGCCAUCCUCUGGGUAGGCAUCUCGUUCGUGGGCUUCUGCUUCCUGGCCAACCAGUGGCAGCACUCACCACCCAAACAAUUCCUCCUGGGGAACAGCAGUGCCAAGGCCGCCAUCACCUUCACUUUCUUCUCCAUCCUUGCCUGGGUUCCCCUUCCUCUAAGAAGCCACAGCCCAGCUUCAGGAUUUGUCAAGACCAGAUGUCUUUGGGUAGGCCAGAGGUGGGGAGAAAUCCCACAAGGUCACCUCCAGGUCUCUGCACUGAGUCACAUUUCUGUACCACCUCCUGGACCCUUCACCUGGAUACCACCUUGAUAGCAGUGGAUUAGAGGCAUGAAGGAAACAUCUGUUCCAAAUCUAUUCCACUCUAAGUUCUUCAAGUCAUUACCGCCUGGCACAGGAGAUGACACAAGGCACCCAGUGUACAGUUGAGGAAGCUCAAGUUCAGAGUGAGAAAAUACUUCCAUUCCGUGGAGAGCACACCAAUAAGAAUCAGACCAAUAUGGUCCCCGCCCUGCAACCAAAGUCCAACCCCUCCACUUCCCAGUGACAAAAGACUUACCUUAAAAUCAUGCUGUGAGAAGCUGGUGAGGAAUAGGCCUCCAAGUCUAUGAGAUUCAAGAGGUCUUUAUCUUCAGAUAUAACUUAAAAACCAUCUUGAGGGAGAAGGAGGGAUUUUCAUUCUAGAACCCAGUGGUAAUCAGGGACUAGUGCAUAGGCCACAAUGUGCCUGCCUGUAGGCAUUGGGCUGGUAACCCCAGUGGGCAAAGCACUUACUAAGGAGAUGGUGGACACGGGGCUGUGUCUAGGAGAGGCAGCCUCCACUCAGCAUCUACCAUUCAGCAACGAGGCCUGGGGUUUCUAGAGCAGCACUGUCCAGUGAAAUCUAAUAGGAGCCCCAGUGAGGGGAGUUUUGAAUGGCCUGGUAGACACAUUAAGAAUGAAACCAGUGCAAUUAAUUUUAAUGUUUUAUUUCACCCAGUAUAGCCAAAAUAUUAUUUCAACAUGUAACCCACAUAAAAAUUACUAGUGAGGUAGUUUACAAUCUUUCAUACUAUGUUUUCAAAAUUCAAAACCCAUCGUGUAUUUAUACCCACUGUGUACCCCAAUUCACUCACUGCAUUUGAAUGCUCAAUGGUCAUAUGUAAUCAUAUUGGACAGUGCGGCUCUAGAACCUUCUCUUUUUUCUAGGAUAUUGGGCAUCAGUUUUGUUGGGUUGUUUGUUUUUUG